AAUUAACUUCCAAAUUAAAUGUAGCUAUUAGCUAGUGGCGUAUGUCUGACUUUUCUAAUUACAGUUUUCAGUUGAUCAAAAAAGUGAGAUUUAUUUUCAGUUGCAACGUUUAUAUGUAAUGUAUGUAUGUAUGUAACCGUCUCGGAAGAACACCAUCAUCAUCAUCAUGGUACUAACAGAUACAAACGAGCCCAUCCCACUACUGCCACUAGGCCUCCCUUCUUCUUCGCCGCCGGACGACGACGGCGACGCCCUCAUUCCCGAUCGUUCAGUCAACUCUUCCCCUAAAAGAACUGGUAAUAAAUGGACGGCGGUGGCGCACAUCAUAACCGGAGUGAUUGGGUCCGGCGUGCUGUCUCUGGCGUGGAGCAUGGCCCAGCUCGGCUGGAUCUGGGGCCCACUUUCCAUGCUCUUCUUCGCCGCCGUCACUCUCGCUUCUACUUUUCUCCUCUCCAAUUCCUACAGAUCUCCCCACCCUCUCUACGGUUCUGUCAGGAACAGAUCCUAUUCUGCUGCCGUUAAAUUCAAUUUAGGAAAGAAGAAUGCUUGGAUAUGUGAGCUGCUUAUACAGAUGAAUCUCUACGGGACAGGAGUUGCGUAUACUAUUACUACUGCUAUCUGCAUGAGAGCAAUACAGCAAUCGAACUGUUAUCAAAAGCACGGCCAAGAUGCUCCGUGCGAAUUCGGAAAUACUUCGUACAUGCUGUUAUUUGGAGCAGUUCAAGUAUUCAUGUCUCAGAUACCUGAUUUCCAUAGCAUGCAGUGGCUUUCUGUAGUUGCUGCAAUCAUGUCCUUUGCGUAUUCUUCCAUCGGGUUGGGCCUCGGAGCUGCAAAAGUCAUAGGAAAUAAAGCGAUUGAAGGUAGCAUAGAUGGAGUUUCUGCUUCCACUUCGAUACAGAAAUUGUGGCGAGUCUCUCAAGCGGUUGGAGAUAUUGCUUUCGCCUAUCCGUACUCCAUGAUUGUUCUUGAAAUACAGGAUACAUUGAAAUCACCUCCGUCGGAGAGUCAGACAAUGAAACAGGCAUCGGUAAUUUCAAUCUGUAUCACCACAUUCUUUUAUCUCAGCUGUGGAGGCUUUGGAUACGCAGCCUUUGGAGAUCAAACGCCAGGAGAUCUCUUGACUGGAUUCGGAACUUCCGGGCCGCUCUGGCUAAUCAACUUUGCUAAUGCCUGCGUUGUUCUUCACUUAAUCGGAGGCUAUCAGGUGUACUCUCAACCAUUGUUUGCCACGGUGGAGAAAUGGCUGGCCGAACAGUUCCCUCGAAGCUCGUUUAUCAACACUAAUUAUACUCUGAAACUUCCGUUAGUGCCAGCACUGAGUUUAAAUCUCGAGAGGCUGUGUUUCAGGACUGUGUACGUGGCAUCAACAACAGCAGUUGCGAUGAUUUUCCCUUACUUCAACCAGGUUUUGGGGGUUUUGGGAACCAUCAACUUUUGGCCCUUGUCCAUAUAUUUUCCAGUGGAGAUGUGGCUGAGGCAGAAAAAGAUAAAACCCUGGUCGACAAAGUGGGUCGUUUUCAGGGGCUUUAGCAUAAUUUGUUUCUUACUGAACACGUUCAUUUUUGCGGGAUCGAUAGAAGGGAUCAUAGCUGCUCGUUUCAGCUAGCAAAACGGUUCAAUGGAAAUAGAAUUAGGCAUACCACAGAUUAUAUACUGCAAAAAGCAAAAACAUUGGUUGUAAUGUACACUGAAUCGAAAGUAAAAAUCGGCAUCAAUUGAUAGCCUUUUUAUUGUUAUAACAACCAUCAUUGAAUUUUUCGACUU